AGAGUAGGCGUGUAUGUAAACUAGGGUGUCGCCGAGGUGGCUGUAUUCGAAGGCGACAGUCUAUUCGGCUAAUCAUUUGACAAAACAAAUAAUGUGAUAAGAUCGGUAAUUUGACCUCCAAAAAUUUAUAAUUCUUCUUGAUCGAGAGUCCCAAAAUGUUUGGAAUAACGGGGUAUGCCGAUCAGUUUAAUGAGCUCGGUGGUAGUUUGAAGAAAGAGUAAGUCGGGGAGCCAUUUUGUCUCGGCAGGGUGAGAGAAAGAAAAGGGGAAUCACACGGGAGAAUAUAUAUUUUUUAUUCACAUGCUGUAAGAGAAACGGUUCUGUUUUUGGAAAUAACAUUAGUUACACAUCGGAUACGGUUGCGACACUCUACCCUCUGCGAUAUUUAGUUAACUUAUCCAAACUAACUUGGACAUCAACAAUAUCAUAAUCACACGCUGAUAUUCCACCUCUCUGCUCGUAACUCGCGCUGGCUCUCUAGACCUGCGGGAGAUAGUUUCUCGUCUGUCCGGUGAACACGUCUGGUUUCUCGAUGGCGAAGAAGACCUACGACCUGCUCUUCAAGCUCCUGCUGAUCGGGGACUCGGGCGUGGGGAAGACCUGCGUGCUGUUCCGCUUCUCAGACGACGCCUUCAACACCACCUUCAUCUCCACCAUAGGAAUAGACUUCAAGAUCAAAACUGUUGAACUCCAAGGAAAGAAGAUCAAACUACAGAUAUGGGACACAGCUGGUCAGGAGAGGUUCCACACCAUCACCACGUCCUACUACCGAGGCGCCAUGGGCAUCAUGCUGGUCUAUGACAUCACCAACGCCAAGAGCUUCGAGAACAUCAGCAAGUGGCUCCGCAACAUCGACGAGCAUGCCAACGAGGACGUGGAGAGAAUGCUGCUAGGCAACAAGUGUGACAUGGAGGACAAGAGGGUGGUACCAAAAGCCAAGGGAGAGCAGAUUGCCAGAGAACAUGGUAUUAGGUUUUUUGAGACGAGUGCCAAGGCCAACAUCAGCAUCGAGAAGGCUUUCCUCACGCUAGCAGAAGACAUCCUCAGGAAGACGCCGGUCAAAGAGCCCAACAGUGAAAACGUGGACAUCAGCGGUGGGAGUGGAGUCACAGGAUGGAAGAGCAAGUGCUGCAGUUAGAACAGCCCUCUGUCCCUCCCUCACACACACUGACAUGCACACUCUUUAUCUCUAGUAGCUAACUCUCUAACACUCAUCCCCUCGAUCUUUUGUCAUCAAUUUUCUUGACCAAUUCUCUCUUGUCCCCUGUCCCCUAUCUCUCUCUUGUCCCCUGUCCCCUAUCUCUCUCUUGUCCCCUAUCUCUCUCUUGUCCCCUGUCCCCUAUCUCUCUCUUGUCCCCUGUCCCCUAUCUCUCUCUUGUCCCUCUCUCUCUCUUGUCCCCUAUCUCUCUCUUGUCCCCUAUCUCUCUCUUGUCCCCUCUCUCUCUCUUGUCCCCUCUCUCUCUCUUGUCCCCUCUCUCUCUCUUGUCCCCUCUCUCUCUCUCUCUCUUGUCCCCUCUCUCUCCAUCUUCCUCUGGAAAUAUACCACUUGUCUGGUCCCCCCACACAAUCUCUAUCUUCUUAGCUUUCUAAAGAUCAGUUUGUUUCUGAUAAAAAGAUAAAUCAUGUUUCCUGUUUAUUUGCAAAAUGAGAGUGAAAGUCAGUAAACUUUUUAAUUUUUCCUUUGGCUGAGGCUUCCUGGUCCCCUCACCAUUGGUCAAAGAAAAAACAAAUAAGAAAAAAAAUGUAGGAUUAACAUUUUGUACACUAGUGGGUUAUAUUGUCAAGGUGCCGUAUUUUGACAUUUUGACAUUUGUAAACAAGUAACGGAGAUGGGGUUUAUUUAGUCUUGUGCCUUAUAUGGAAGACGGGUGGAACCUCACCCACCCAAUUAAAUUAAAAGUUUGGUAUUCUGGCUCCUCCCACGACGGAGCUUAGCAGAAAGGUUUGAAUUUCCCCACCAACCAGAUCUUGUUAGGAUGUCUGCUUAAUGAUGGGGGUUUGUUUGGGUUGGGAGCAUUUGUGAUGCCAUGUUUCUGUACCGUUGAAACUUUCACUCUGUUUUCAUUUAGCAGACGCUCUUAUCCAGAGUGACUUAUAGGAGCAAUUAGGGUUAAGUGCCUUGCUCAAUGGCACAUUGACAGAUUUUUCACCUAGUCAGCUCGGGGAUUUGAACCAGCGACCGUUCGGUUACUGGCCCAACACUGUUAACCGCUAGGCUACCUGCCGCCCCUGUAUGUAAGAGAAUGUUCUCAAGGAAAUUCAAACAGUUUUGCAGCUCCAUUAAAAAUAAGCUUGUUUAAGUCAUA